GACAGGGUCCGGAACAGAGUCUGACAGCGAUGAAUCCGUACCAGAGCUUGAAGAGCAGGACUCCACACAGGCCACAACACAGCAAGCACAGCUUGCAGCAGCAGCUGAAAUAGAUGAAGAACCUGUCAGCAAAGCAAAACAGAGCCGGAGCGAAAAGAAAGCGCGGAAGGCAAUGUCCAAACUGGGCCUUCGCCAGGUGACAGGAGUGACCAGAGUCACCAUCCGGAAAUCCAAGAACAUCCUCUUUGUCAUCACAAAGCCAGACGUGUACAAGAGCCCUGCAUCAGACACCUACAUUGUCUUUGGGGAGGCAAAGAUCGAAGACCUGUCCCAGCAGGCACAGCUGGCAGCUGCAGAGAAGUUCAAAGUGCAAGGAGAGCCAGUGUCAAACAUCCAGGAAAACACACAGACCCCCACCGUGCAGGAGGAGAGUGAGGAAGAGGAGGUUGACGAAACUGGCGUCGAGGUCAAAGACAUCGAGCUGGUGAUGUCUCAGGCGAACGUGUCGCGAGCCAAGGCCGUGCGUGCCCUGAAGAACAACAGCAACGACAUCGUAAACGCCAUAAUGGAGUUGACGAUGUAGCCAGACGGAGGAGCUGUUUUUGGUGUUUCAGAGAAGAGUAAAAUCCAACUAAAUUUAAAAUUUGUACUAUUUCUAUCAAAUAAUAAAAGUUGUGGCUUAUUGUUGGUGAAA